AUGGAAGAAAUGGACCAUUCACUAGAGAUUACUAUGAAAAAAAGCACUAAACGAAAGUAAUACAAUAUAUAUCUAUUACACCUUUACGGCGUAAAGUUUACGCUAUAAUUUUGCUAGUCUGCAAUGGCCGAUCUGAAAAUAAUUUAAGGGAGAUACACUAGUUAUAUAGGUACUAUUAAUACCGUGAAUGAAAACAAAUUUCCGAGGAGGGGAGUCUAAAUUUGUUUAAUAUACUAUAUAAAAAUAUUUUUUUUUUGUAGGAUACCCCUUCCCCAGGCAUACCUGUUACAUAUAAUACUAUACAUAAUUCUUUUAAUAAUUUUAAAAAAAAAAAACAAAAAAAAAAUGAAUAAAUUAUAAUUUUGUAGAGCUACAAUGUGUCUGGAAAAUUGUAAUUCCAACGUCAUACUUGAAGUAGCAAAUUCAAUGGGCAUGCAAAUUGUGAAAUUUACAGACCAAUGGGAUCUGUAUUGGUCAAACGUACCCAUGGACUUAAAGAGAGCCAAAAAUAUGAAAUCAUUUCAAGUUAGUCCUCUAAAAAAAAAAAAAAAUAGAGAUAGUUUUAUCUGUAUACAGAGUGUUCCACGAGGAUACAUUAAUUUUAAUAUUUCCGGAAAUAAUAAAGAUUCAAAUCCUGGUUUUUUAUACUACUCACGACAAAUAUUUAUAUUGCAAUUAAUUUUUUAUGUUAUGUUAUGUUAUUCCUGUGAGUAAUAUAAACAAAUUCAACAUAAUCUUAUUAUCUUUGUUAUCUCCGAAGAUAUUAAAAUAUUAAUAAAUAACUAUAAAUAUUAAUAUAAUAUAUUACGUUUAACUUGUGGGACACUCUGUAUAUAUAAUAACAUGUUCUGGUUGACUAAUUAAUUCGUCAUCGUCUAGUCCAAAUUACUGAAAGGAUCUGAUUGGAAUUUAGAAUACAGAUACCUAUUAUAAUUCAGGCAUUCGCCUAGAAGAAUUUUGAAAACUAAACCCGUAAGGGGGUAAAAUAGGUGUUUUAGUUACUUUUGGUACAAAUAUCUAGUUGUUUAAUUAUUUAUUUUUGUUCAUUCAUGGGUUACCUUAGUGAUAUGGGUGACAAUUUGGUUUUCACAGACAAGAAAACUAUUAUUAUUAUUACAAUUAUUUACACUAUUAUCUAGCAAUAGCAAAACAUUGCUAGUUUAAUAGGAAAAUCAUACCCCCAGAAUAACCAUACCCCCGGGUAUGAUUAUUCUAAGAUUAUCACACCCUACUGGUAGCAUAAUGCUAGGAUAUCCUCCUGAAUUCGUUUGCCGGAAGUAAAAUUAUUCUAGCAUUAUCAUACUCCUUGGUACCAUAGUUCUAGUAUUUAUAUACCCUUCCCACAAAUUUAAAUCAUCAACAUAAAAUCCCUUCCAAGGGUUUGGAAUUCAUCUGAUUACAACCAAACUUUGAAACGAUUUUUAAGCUACCUCAAGACCACUCUCACAAAAUUUAGUAUCAAUUAGUAGGGAUAAAAAGGGGUAACUUUCCAACAUGAUCGGCGAAGCAUUUAUACAUCAAAUAAAUCUCCUCAGGAUUUAUUGAUAUCAGAGAAUAGAUAGUCAAAACGCGAACAAAUUAAGCUUAGACCCCUGUAAAAGUCCCUUUUAUAAGAGUAUAUCUUUAUUCAUCCCUUCCGAUUGACACUAAAUUUGAUGAGAGUAGUUUUGUGGUGACCUAGACUAUUUCCAAAGUUUGGUUGUGAUCGGAUAUAUUGGACGGUAUCAAAUUAUGGAAGGGAUUUGUAUGGGGUGCUAAGUCAAAUAAUUUGUCGUUGAAACCAUUCUCUUAACACUAAAUCUCGCCGAAAUAUAUUUAAUCCAAAAAUCAGAAAUAGAAACGUACUUUUAAUAUGAAGAGCACCUAACAUACUUAUAUAUAUUGGUGAAUAUCUCGCAUAGGUAAAAAAAAAUGGGUAAAAUAUUUUCAGAGUACAUUCUACACAUUUUUAAAACAUAAUCCAUAAUCCAAAGAUGCUCUCAUUCUAUAGUAACUAUAAACAUAAUUCGCCUCUAAUUUGUCAGCCCGAUGCAAAACCUUUUUUUUUUUUUUGCGACAAUACUCCUAUCACUUGGAACUGCCGUGAAACAAUACAUCAGGUGACGGUGCAUAGCCACUUUUUUAUAAACCAAUAAAAUGUAUAAUUUGUUUUUUGAAAAAUAUUUGGUUAAGAUCAAUUACGAAUUUUACGAAUGCAGUUCAAUAUACUAUUUCAACAUCUGAGAACUAAAAGGUUUUUUUUUAUUUUAACAUAAUAUAUUUCGUUUGUAAUGAAAUUUGAAAAAAAAAAAUGUAAUCUAUAUCCAAUCAUUUUCAGAAAACGAAUCAUUUCCCGGGGAUGUCAGAGAUUUGUCGCAAAGAUUCGUUAGCUCGGAACCUCAAUACGAUGAUGAAUUAUUUUCCAGACGAUUAUAACUUUUUCCCUAAGACAUGGUUUUUACCAUUGGGGUAAGCAUUUUCUAAUUUUUAAGUGAUCAUGAUCAGCACGUCAUUAUAGUAGCUAAUUAUAAUAUACCUUUUUAGUUAUACAAAACUACAAAGUUUCAUGAAUGAAAACAAAAAUUUGACAUAUAUUUUAAAACCGAGUACCGGGUGUCGAGGAACUGGAAUAUACUUAACGAAAUCAUUAAAAAAAAUUUCCCAACAUGAAAAAAUGAUUUGUCAACUGUAUAUUUCCAAAGUAGUUAAAUAAUCGUUUAUUAACUUUUAUGUAUAACUUAAGUAAAAAAGUUAAUUGUUACGUUUUUAUUAAUAGCCACUAUUGAUAGACGGCUACAAAUUCGACAUGCGGUUGUACGUUUUAAUAUCAUCGUGCGAUCCACUUGUGAUUUAUGUUUACAAUGAUGGUCUAGUUCGGUAAAAUUAUUAUUACAAUACACCUAAUUAUAUUAUUAUACAGAGCAAAAAUCAAAAGCAGUUUAGUAAAAGUCGUAGAAUUCAUCAGCUGUCCUUAAGACACUGGUUAUUGACUUAUUGAAAUAGUGCUUUAGUGUUUCCAAUACUCUAUCGUAUUAUGCAUAGCUGCGUUAUAGUUGUAUUAUAUUCCGAAAUUGUAAUUAAAAUGCUAUUGGUAUAUUGACUAUUGAGUAUUCACAACACCGCCACGGUGAAGUGAAAAAUUGGUUUUAAUAAUUUAUACGAGUAUAAGCUAACAAAAUAUAAAAUACAAAAGUUGAAAGAAAAUAAAAUAAAACCGUACAGUAAAAUAUUAUGAUGAAGUAAUUUUAAAAAAUAUUUCAAACAUCCUAAUACUGCUUAAAUUGAUUUUUUUUUUAAAAAAUAUAAGUAUUCAAAUAUUUUGCAUAAAAAAUUUAACAACCGCGCGAAUUAUUUUAAGUAAACAUAUUGCACAUCCACUAUAAAUAUGCGCAGAUACUCAUAUAUUAAUAUUACCCUAUUAACAAUGUGAGCAAUAUUUAUUUGUUGAAAAAAAAACAGGUGUACGUCAGUAAUUAUUUUAAAUUAUAGUUAUAAGCAUGAUUAUACAAUAAGUUAGAGGAACGGAAGACAAUAAGUGGAGAAUAAGUGUAUUAAUGUGUUAAACAUUCAUAAAAUAACUUAUUACAUACAAUUACAAAUAAGGGUUGGAAUUAGCUAAUGACAUGUGUUACUUUUUAUUUAUCACGUUCAAUGCAUUAUUUCGGUGGUGCCAAAGUCCAUAUAUUUCAUAUUAUAUGUACCUACUUACAUGAAUCUGACAUUAUGUUUUAGGUUAGGGGAAUUUAUAACUCUGACGGAGACUAUCGGAUAAUUAUAAAUUAGCAUUCAUUUUCAGUCAUCAUUAUAUAGUUAAGUUAUUACCAUUGCUUGAAUUGGAAAAAUAAAAUAAGGGAGACUAUAAAAAAAAAAUAAGAAAUAAAAAAAAAUAGCGUCACUUGCAAUUAUUGACUUCAACCUAACCAGUGUGGGCUUUGGCUCCCUGCACUUCCCUUGCACAAAUUUAAAAAAUUCGAUAAUCCACUUACAUUUAACACAUUCCAUAGAAUACAAACAUGUUUAGACUAUUAGACUCUAAUAAUUAUAAACUAAUAGGGUACAUAAUUAAAUAGUAACAAUUUUAUACCACAAAUAAUCCGAAGGACUGGGCUAUUGUUCAGUUAUAAUUAAUCGUGCUUAUCAGUUGUUACAUUUUUUUGACAAAAGAUUGCAAACGCGCAAUACAAAAAAAAACCGAUAGUAAUUUAUUUCAGUUGGCGAUAAUGUAAUAAAUACUUUUUGAAAGUGUCAUUAUUUACUCAAGAGGUGGACCAUCGUCGUCCCUACCCCCAAUCCUAGUAGAAAUAAUUAGUAACGAGACGCUAAAAAAAAAAAAAUAAAACGCACUGUACUAUUUUAAAUUAUAAUUUAAAAACAAAUUUGAAUUAAUUACAUCAAUAGGUAACAUGAAAAUCCUUAAUACGAUCGUAUAACUCUUUGUAUGGUACAACGUACCNUAAGUCAAAUUUUAGUUCAUGAAACGGACAUAUAUUUUAUCCAUUUCAUGAAAUGGAAACUCUUAUUUUACACUUUGUGUAAUAUUUUAAAUUAAUUACAUCAAUAGGUAAAUUUUCGUGAAAUCGAAAUAAUAACAUUGAUACUGGUACGUAUCGCACCGUACUAUUUUAAAUUAUAAUUUAAAAAUAAAUUUGAGUUAAUUACAUCAAUAGGUAACAUGAAAAUCCUUAAUACGAUCGUAUAACUCUUCGUAUAGUACAACGUACCUGAUUAAAAUAAUUAAAUCAAUAAUACAGAUUGCAAAUUAUAAAAACCAAAUCAAAAAUUACCUUAUGUCUUCGUCUUCAUUAGUUUUUUUAUAAAUCAAAAACUUUUGAUCUGUAACGAACAGGACAUCAUUCAUUUUGAUGAGAUAAUAAUCUCGCCUCUUUUUUUUACCACUAUAAAAUAAUGUAAAUUUCAAAUUAUAAACAAAUAUUUAAUGUAAAUAUUAAAUAAUAUUAUUUAAAUAUUUAUUAUCUAAUUUUUAAUCCAACGGAAUAAAACGUGAACUGCUGAGCGUAAAUUUGCUAUGUUACGUGUUUGUAAGACAAGCCCUGAUGGCUGAUUGUAAUAAUUUUAUUUGAAGUGUCUUAAUAUAUAAUUUUUAUUUACUAAUAUUUUGUAUAUUUUAACGAUUACUUACAUUUUUACUUUUGCUGCUAAANAUAUAGUACGGUGCGAUGCGUACCAGUAUCAAUGUUAGUAUUUCGAUUUCACGAAAAGUUACCUAUUGAUGUAAUUAAUUUAAAAUAUUACACAAAGUGUAAAAUAAGAGUUUCCAUUUCAUGAAAUAGAUAAAAUAUAUGUCCGUUUCAUGAACUAAAAUUUGACUUACACGUUAUGAUCGUAGUUCAUGAAAUGAACAUCCAUUUCAUGAAAAAUACGAUUACACUAAGUGGAUACGACAUAUAUAUAUACAUAGUAGUUAUACAAUACCUAUUUAAUAAUAUAAAAUAAACAAUAAGUAUUAGUUAUUUUAUAAAUAAGUAGUUUUACAGACUAUUGUUUUGUAAUUGUAGGUAUUUAGUAGGUAGUUUUCGUUUUUACAUCAUAGGUGAUAAAUAUAUUUGUACAUUAGACUAGCAACAGAACCGUACAAAAAGCCUGCUCUUGGAAAUUUGAAGAAUUUGUAUAUGCAUCUCACUAAUUAUUCGGUAAAUAAACAUAGUAAAAUGUACGUCGACAACGAAAAUUAUGGAAGUAAACGGUGAGUUACACAAUGUUAUCAUGUUAUUAUUACAGUUAUUAUGAAUUUGGAAUUAUUUUGAUAUUUUCAUAAAAUGUAACUGGGUUUUUAGACGAAUUAAGACACUAAACGCCCGACUUGAAAAUAACGGCUAUGACGUUCAGAGAAUUUGGAAGGAAAUCGACGAUGUCAUUAUUAAAACCGUCAUUUUGGCCUAUCCGUUUGUACUUCGGAGCUAUCGUGCUUAUUACUCCAGUCACAAGUACACGGAGGCGUGUUUCGAUUUACUCGGCUUUGACAUACUGUUAGACGAAAAAGGCAAACCGCAUCUUUUAGAAGUCAGAUAAUAUAUAGUUACACAAUCUAUUAAUUUUUCACAUGAUCUGUUUACACAUUUUAAUUUUUCACAAAGACGUUGUAUGCAUUAUAGGUCAAUCAUUCGCCAGAUUUUCACACCGAAACUAUUCUCGAUCAAAUUGUGAAACACAAAUUGUUAACCGAUACAUUUAAGCUAUUACAGUUGGAUAAGAGUACUAAACAAAUUAUCGCCAGGGAGGAAAAAUGGAGAAUUGAACAGCAGACUAUAAACUCAAAUAGAGACGUUUAGUAUGUUUAUAAAUUCAUUCUUUUUACCUAAAAUUUCGUGACGGUGUUAUUAUUUUUCUAUGAUUUCAUUAAACACCAUCGUUACACGUUUCAAUACAUACAUAUACAGUGGAUUCCGCUUAAUGUGAUGACCACGUUGGGACCAGUUACAUUUGCCCGAAUUUAGAAAUUGUCCAUAAUAAUUGUAAUGAGUAUCAUAAUAAAUUAAAAUCUAGAUCUGACUAUUAUGCCCAUUUUAGGAUUCUGCCCACAAUGAGCGGUAAUCACAUCAAGCAGAAUCCAUUUUAUUACUUAUACUUAUAUUUUUGAUAAUAUAUUAAAUAUAUAUUUAUUUUUUAAAAACCCAUAAUUGUUUAAAUAGUUUAUACUCAAAAACACAACAAGCUUCAGUUUUUAAAAUACCUAUUGAUUUAAUAAUGAAUAAAUAUUCAUUAUUAAAAUAAUAUUAUUGAUAAAAACUUACAACAAAAAUAAUUUUAAAAAUAUAGCUAAUUAAUCAAAUUACCACGCGUAAUAUGCAAAUCAUUUAAAAUAUUUGAAAUAAACAAUAAUAAUCGUUAUACCAAGUUAUUUCAUAGUAAACAAAGAAAGAUACAAUGUAAAGAAUAUUUCGAACGAGAAAAUAAGAAAUGGGCAAGUGAAAAUAUGGGUGACUAUAGAUUAGUGUUCUCGGGACAAAAUUCGAAUUUGUAUGAACGCUAUUUUUAUUGGAAUGAAAGUACACUUUAUCAAAACACUGUACGUUCGCAUUUACGUCAAGUAUCUACAAUAACAAUAGAUUUGUUUCCGAAAGCUGUCCAUAAAAAAGUAUAUUAUAUAUAUAAAUUAAUUUAAUACAAAUUUUCAUCGUUAAUUAUUAACAUUUAAGCUCGGCAAAGAGCGAACCAAAAGUGAAAAAUCCAUAACUAAGCUGGAUGAACCGGAACCUAAUCCUGAGCCCAAGACUACUCCUGAGCCUAAUACUAAGCCCAAAACUAAGCCUAAGCCUACUACUAAGUCCGAAACUAAGCUUAAGUCUGAGUCCAAGACUAAGCUUAAAUCCGUACAAAUAAAUACAGAAAUAAUGAACAAAUAUAGUGACGGAACUGAUAAUGCUAAAAUAAAUGUAAGUAUAAUGGAAAUAUAUUCAAUGGCAAUAAUCGCUGACAAAAAAAACAUGCACCUAUAGUAACUAAUAUGUUCUACGUGAUAUUAUUAUGACAUUAAUUUAAUGCAUAUAAACGUAGUAAGUAAUUCAAACCAAUCAUAAUAAAUUACUCUAUUAAUAUUGUAGAUUGAAAUUACUACUACGAUAGUCAUAAAUAUAACUAAAAUAAUAUAGGGCUCUUGAUAUCAAAAUUCGUAAAUUGCUAUUCUAACAAAUUAAAUGCUAAAAAUAAAAUUAAGUUCAAUUUUGUUUAUCGUGUUAAACAAAUACCAAACAUUAAAAACAUUUUAAAUAUAAUACUUAGAAGAUGAAUAAAACGUAAAUAAUAAUUGAAAAUGUUAUACAAAUAUUUGAUAAUAACAAACAUACAAUAUGUAAGUAUAGAACAUUUCUUACGUACUCAAAGGGGGCACCUACAUACAUUAACUUGUAGUAAGGGUUCCUAUAUUUCAUUCUUGAGGAUUCUGAGUGUAUCGAAGAAUGUAUUAGUUUUACAAAGAUUUUACAAAUUCAAGACAUUCUUGAGUUAUUUAUAGACAUUUUAAUUUUUCGAGUUUUUUUCGUAAUUUUUAUCUGUAAAAAACUUUUUUACCAGAAAACUUACUCGGAUUUCUAAGUGUAGCACCUUUUGAAAGGAAAUCGAUGUAGAGGUACUUUAAAGAGGUUAUUUUUUGAUUUUCUCAAGAGUUUUUUCGUAAAAUUUAAAAAACCGAAAAAAAACGGGAAAAUGUACGAAAUGUAUAACUAAAAUAUUACUAUAUUUUUUUUCCUGUGCACAAAGGAAAUUUCACUUGGAAGGUACUUUAGAGAGUUAAUUUUUGGAUUAUCUCAAGAGUUUUUCCAGUAAAUGUGAAAUCUUGCUCAGAUAUAUACGCGUGGCACCAAUUCUGAAAGAGAAUGUUGUCCAUAUGGUACUUUUAGGAGGUCAUUUUUUGAUUUUCCAAGCGGUUUUCAUAUUAUUUGGGAGAAAUCAGAAUAAAAUGUAAGAAAAACAGACAUUUUCGCAAAUAAUAUUUUUAUUGAUUUAUAAUUUUGUUAUUUGUUGUAAUUCAGUUAAAAAUAUGCGUAUAGACUUAAAAUUUGGACAGAAAACUUAUAUUUGCUUUUUCUAGACGUGAUAAAUUUUUCAAAAAAUUUAAGCUAUUCUUGAGCUUAUUAUAGAUAUUUUAAUUUUGCUAGUUUUGUACGUUCUUUUUAUUCAGUAAGUACUCUGUGGCAAAAAUUGUUAAACUUAACAGAAAUUAUUGAAAAUUUAAUAGAAGGUUCAUUAAGAGUCUUAAUUUUUAGUCGAAAAAUUUAGUUUAAUGUAGUAUUUUUUUUUUAUAAAGGAAUUUCAAUAUCAAAUUUUGAUGAAAACCUAGUUUCGAAAUUAUAGUUUUUUGAAGUUCUCAUAUUAUACAGAUAUUAUAUGUUAAAUUAAAUAGUUCUACACUGUGUACACAUUGUGUUCUAUAUGUUUGUUAUAGCCAAAUGGUUGUACAUAACUUUAAUCAUCCUAAGUGUCGCGAGUUUAAACCCGUGUCAUGAAAAAAAUAGUUUGCACUUAUUUUUAUCUUUUACUUAAACAGAGAAAAAACAAAUACAUUUUAGGUGUACCUAGAGGCCCAACUAUCGCUCGCUCGGACUAUUUUAAUUGUAAAAUAUCAUUUAAUAUCUCUCGAUUUGUUGUGUAAACUUUUCUACCAGAGAUCGUCCGAUGUAUCAAGUGUAAAUUAUUUCCUGAAAGAAAAUUUUAUCUCCGUGGUAAUUUAACGAACUAUUUUUUGAUUUUUCUAACGGUUAGGUCUAAUAUAAUAUAAUAGUAUAAUAUCUGGAAUAAACCUGGAUAAAAUGUGGGAAAAACGGAAAAUGUAUGAAAUAUUUUAGUCCUAUAUCACAAUUUUUUUUUUUGGUGAACAACUCUUCUACUAGCAAUUUUGCUCCAAUUUACAAUGAUAGAACUUAUUCUAAAAAGAAAUUUUACUAGAAAGUUACUUUAAAGAUAUAGUUUUUUAAGAGUUUUCCCAGAAAAAGUGAAAAACCAGAAAGACCGCAGGAAAAACGGGAAAAUCGGUACAACAUUAAACAAAUAUUAUUAAAGAAAAUAUUUAAAGCCUAUUUAAUUAUUUUACUACAAAAUGGCACACAAUAUAUUGUUGACAUAGCAUCAUUAUCGAUUGAACUCCCCUUAGAAUCUUUUUUGUAAACAAUGGUUUAUCGUUGAUUACAGAUAUACAUUGAAUUACCUAUAACAGUAGCUGCUCCCAUUUCGAUUAUCCAAGGAUGUCUUUAUUUUUUUUUUUUGUUAUUUAUUUCAUAUUUUGUUGAAUGCGAUCUAUACUCAAUAGUGCCAAACCCUAUGUUAAGGUUGGUCUUAGCCCGACUCUUUUUAAAAAUUAAGCAUUUGGUCGCUUUAUUUUGGGGCAAACUUUGGUUGCCAAACCGGAUGAAUACUUCAUUACAGAAAUAAAAACCUAGGCUAACUAUAAUUUUGGAUAAAAAUUGAACUGUGUUUAGUUUUUUGGGUUUCUUGACAUACAUUUCGCCUGACUAUAUUUAUAGGACUUCGGCGCCACUGCCCAUACUUAAUUGUAUCCUAACCUUAAAUGCAUGUAAUGUUUUACUAUACUUUUAUUUAAUUUCAUUAUUUUUUUUUAACCUUUUAGUUGUAUAAGCAUGGUAUUUAAAAAUACCACGAUUAAAUGAUUUUUAGUCAUUGUGGAGUAAAAAUCAUGUUUACACCUUCAAAAAAAUGAUAUAACCACAGAUAAUUUAUAAUGUAACGUAUACGAAAAAAAGUGGGAUUUUUCGAAAUUGCAAUAUUUUUCCCGAAAGUUUCAUGGGAAGAAAAUAAUAAAUAUGACCACGACUAAUUAUUGGAGAACGAAAAUAAUUUUUGUGGACAUUUUUUGAUAUUUUAACAUUUAUUCCCAAGAGGGUUUUUCCACCUUUUUUUAAAAUGAACAUGUAGAUGUAAAAUCUGUCUAUUGAUUAAUAUAUUUUUAUCAAAUAUGAAUGCAUGCAACUUGUUUGAGCUAUGGAAAUUAGGUCAAAAAUCCAUUACGAUUAAAGUAUUAAAUUUCUUUGCGAGUAAGUUAAGUUAUAUAAAGGAUAGUAACAAAAAAGUAAUUUAAUAACUCAAAAUAAUGGUUAAAUUUGAAAAAGUAAUUUCGAUCACUUCAAAUUAGGAAAAAACAUAUUCAAUUUAAAUAAUGUGUUCUAACUUUAAAGCUUUAGUAUUAUUUCUUGUUUAAACGAUAAUUUGCCAAUCGAAUAAAACCACUAGUUACUACUAUACCAAUUUAAUUCUUGUUUAAUAGUAGUUACAAAUAAAUUAUAAAUAUUAUAUUUUAUGUUUUUCAUUAUUCAGAAUGAAAUUGAAAAAGACGCUACGUUGUCAUCGAUCAAAAAUACAAGUAAUUUUAUAAAAAAAGAGAAAUACCUGCGUAAAAAACCCGUGCUAUUUCUUGUUCCGAAAAAUCAUAAAGUUUUAAUGAAUGCUAUGCACAAAAAUAAUGUAUAUACAAAGUCAAAAUUAUUAGUUGGUUUAACAACAAAAAAAUUGAAUCAACAGCAAAUCGAAUUGGCCAAACGAUCAUUACGAAUGCAGGUUGAGUAAUAGAAAAGUUUAAUAAUCUUUUUAAAUUCUGCAGGGUUGAUAGGCAGUGUCGCCGAAUUCCUUAAAAUUUUGUCAGGUGUAAUACAUUUCAAUACACCCCAAUAACAAAACAUAAUCUUUAUUUUGUCCAAAAUUAUAGUUAGCGUUCCCUAAGUUUUAUUUCUGCGAUGAAGUAUUCAUUCAGUUCGGCAACCAAACUUUGUCCUAAAAUGAAGCCGAAGCCCGACCUUAACAUAAUAUUUUGCAUCACUGCUGAUAGCCAUGUAUUUUUAUUUUAUAAUUGAAAAUACCAUAUUUCAAUAAAUUAGAAUUACAAUCGUGUUGUCCAGUCAAAUGAAUUUGUCCAGUCAAAUGAUCGUAUAAUUGAUAAAAUAAAACAAAAAAAUAAGAAAAUGUUUCCUGACAUUCAGUCUCGUCUUUUCAGCAAAUGCGUAAGUAUAAGGAGCCAUGAAACAAACUUUCUGUAUUAUUAUAUUUGCCAUUGUUCUGUUUAAGUUCGGAAAGAAAAAAUGUUUCUGGGAUGGCUGGAAAGAUUCUCCUAUUGACCAGAUCGAUGAAAACGACAGACUCGACAAUAUAUUUGACAGAUCAGAACUUGUUUUCAACUUAAACUUAAAAGAACAAGUAAAUACUAACGAACUAUUACUAUUUAUUAUUGUUUAUAUUUAUGAGUCAGGGGCGUAUUUUAGGGAGGGGCGAUUAGGCGAUCACUCCCUCUGUAUUUAUAUAACUAGUAUUUGAGUGUAUCGAUUUCAAAUAGAUAUGAUAUAAUGAAAAAAAGGAAUUUAAUUUUGUAUCUUCAUAGUUUUCAACGAAAAAACAAAAAUAAAAUUGUUUUAACGAUUUACAAAAAAAAAAAAAAUUACCAGUUAUCAAAAUCCCACGAUUGAAAUAUAUUUAGUUCAUUUCAAUCGUGCAGUACGAACGUAAUGAUAAUCAUGUAAAAUCAACCACAGAACAACAUAAUAUUAUGAUUUUAUGUCAAUAUCAAAUAUAGUCUUAUUUAGUCUUUUUCAUGGUCUUUUGAUAUUUGAUAACUAUCAAAUAUCAAAAACAGGCCAGUGCGCACGAUUUCUUCAUGCGGGAGAGGUUAUAACAAAUUGUCAGUAAAUAGUAUUAAAUUUAAUGAAUUUUUCAUAGGCCAUAUAGAAAAUAAGUUAUUUUGCAAAAAUACUGCAAUAAUUUUGCAAUGAGUUACUCAUUGCGGUGGAAUAGCCCCACCCAUUGCGAACUAAUUAUUUUUCCAUGCGGUCGGGUGUUUUUCAGGCUUAUUGUAGACAGACUAACAGCAGUUAGGCCUUUUAAGAACUGCAAUAAUUAAUAUUUAUCUUAUAAUUUUAUUCUAGUUUAUUACUUAUACAAACAAAAGUAUAAGUAUUGUAUAAGUAGGUACCUAUCAUAUUUAUUAGUGAAGUUUUAUAUUAUUGAACAAUUCUCGACUAUUGUAUUACUAAUUUUAUUUAUUUAUUUUUAAAGCAUACGAUUAUUACUCAUGUUUCUAAAUUACUAAUUAUAGUGAAAAGUUACAAUCCAAUCUACUGAUUAGUCGUAAUCUCGCAAAUCGCAGAUUCAGUUACGCAUAAUAAUAUGUCGUCAAUCCGUAUAUAAAUCCUUAAAAUAGCCGAUUGUAAUGUAAGUAAAUAUAAAUUAAUUUAAUGAAAAAACUAUAAACUAUAAACUUCACUAAAUAAAUAUAAUUGGUAAUUAUGUAGUUUACAUAUUAUUAUUGUUUGUUUUUUUUUUUGUACAAUUAAUAAAGUACAGUAAAAUUACUAUGUAAUAAUUUAUUGUAGUUCUUAAAAGGCCAAACUGCUGUUAGCCUGUCUGCUAUAAUCCGAUCGUUUGGAAAAAUAAUAAGCAGUUCGCAAAUGGGCUAUCCCGUCGCCCAAAAGCCGAGACUUUGGUAA